UGGAUGUGCGGAGUGAUUGUUUAAGCGAGAAGAAUUGACAUUAUAUUUUUUUUAAAGGAAAAAACAGCCUUUGUACUGAAUCGUUGAAGAUUUACCGGAGUGUGGCGACCGAGGGAAGACAUCGCAGCUCGGUAAAAUCCAGUGAAAGACGGCAUGAAGACAUCAUCCUAGUCAUCAGUCAUGGCCGAUAAAAGGAAACUUCAAGGUGAAAUAGAUCGAUGUCUGAAAAAAGUAGCGGAAGGAGUCGAACAGUUUGAAGACAUUUGGCAAAAGAGAUCAGUAGAGUUGCACAAAGCUAAAACAAAUCUUCACAAUGCAGCCAACGCCAACCAGAAGGAGAAAUAUGAAGCAGACCUCAAGAAGGAGAUUAAAAAGCUUCAGCGUCUUCGAGACCAGAUCAAGACGUGGGUUGCAUCCAACGAGAUCAAAGACAAAAGGCAGCUAGUAGAGAACCGCAAACUCAUAGAAACGCAAAUGGAGCGGUUCAAAAUAGUGGAGAGAGAAACCAAGACGAAGGCGUACUCUAAAGAAGGGCUGGGUCUGGCCCAGAAGGUGGACCCGGCCCAGAAGGAGAAGGAGGAGGUCGGCACGUGGCUGACGAACACGAUCGACACGUUGAACAUGCAGGUGGACCAGUUUGAGAGCGAAGUGGAGUCUCUCUCAGUCCAGACGAGGAAAAAGAAAGGAGACAAAGAGGACCGGAUUGAGGAGCUGAAGAAGUUCAUUGAGAAGCAUCGGCACCACAUCCGGAUGCUGGAGACCAUACUGAGGAUGCUGGACAACGACUCGAUCCAGGUUGACUCCAUCAGGAAGAUCAAGGAUGACGUGGAGUAUUAUCUAGACUCGUCGCAGGAUCCGGACUUUGAGGAGAACGAGUUUCUGUACGACGACCUGGACCUGGAUGACAUCCCUCAGACGCUGGUCGCCACCUCCCCGCCGGGGAACUCGCAAUUGGAGGACGAGAUCUUCCAGAACUCGAGCAGCACACCAAACUCCACCACCUCGUCUUCACCCAUCCCGCCGUCGCCGGCCACUUGCACUACGGAGAACUCAGAAGAUGACAAGAAGAGAGGACGUUCAACGGACAGUGAAGUCGGUCAGUCACCUGUGAAGAACGGGAACCCCUCUUCCUCGUUAUCCUCAUCUUCCUCCUCCUCUUCCUCCUCCUCCUCCUCCUCCUCUUGCUCCUCCUCCUCCGUCUCUGGACUGACCUCAUCCUCGCUCGGCUCCGCGACCAUCGCCGGAGGAGGAGGAGGAGGGCUCGGCGGCUCCGGGUGCAGCAGUCACCUGGGCAGCCUGGGGGGUCUCCUCUCCAACACGUCCGCCGGCAGCUACAGCAACGCCACCCAGCAGCCGCCGCACCCGUCGGCUCAGCACCAGCAGCAGCAACAGCAGCAACAGGCCAAAAACUUAGUCAGCGCCUCCUCCUCGGCUCCCAUCUCCAUCCCCAUGGCCUCCUCCAACAGCCACCUGGCCUCCUCUUCUCCCCCCAACGCCAUCACGCAGGGGCUCUUCACCUCCAUGUCCCAGACUCAGGCUCUGUCCGGGUCCACGCCGACCUCCAACAGCCUGGGCCUCAGCCUGGGGCUCUCGUUGGGGAAAGGCGGCAUGAUGUCCGGGUCCAUGACCUCCAGCCCGAUGUCCGGGAGCCUCGGCCUGUCGGGGAUGAGCAACAUGGCGAGCCUCCUGUCCGGCUCCUCCCCGGCACCUUACGCUCAGGCGGCCGCCUCAGGAGCGAUCGGCUCCGGCCUGCCGGGCUCUCUUGGCGGCGUCGGCAUCAACCCCACGACGACCAACAGCUCGGCGGGCUCCAUCGGCAGCGGGAGCAUCACAGUCGGCGGGCCGACGUCCUUGACCGGAGGUCUGCUGGGCCCGGCACCGGGGCUGACCAGUGUCGGCUCUGUGAUGCUGGGUCUGAGCUCCGGUCAGUCGGGGAUGCAGGGCUCUUCCCUGAUGUCGCUGAGCCCAGUAGGAGGUCUGCCGCCGGGUAGCGGAGUGGGAGUCAUCGGGAGCAACGGGGGCGGCUCUGGAACGGGAGGCAGCGGCGUCCUGGGCGGAGGCCUGUCUCUCUCCGUCAGGCCGUCCAGCCAGCAGAAGCAGAACGGCAGCUCCAGUUACAGCGCUGUGUUAGCAGACAGCUCAAUAGACUCCGCCCUCACCAGUGCCAGCCAAUCACAAAUCAGCCAAUCCUUGUCCUUGACCUCCCAAGCCAGUCAGCCUAAGGACACUGGUCCCAGCUUACUGGGCUCUAUUUGUUUGUCGUCCGGCUCCCCAUCGGCGGCCUUCUACAGCGAGGCCAAAUCGGUGAGCGGCGGCAGCCUGCUGAACGGACCGCUGUCCUACUCGCAGUCCUCCGACAGCAUCAAGCCACAGGAGCCUCUGAGCAGCCUGAAGUCCAUGGCCGAGCGAGCAGCACUCAGCUCAGGGAUGGAGGGUGACGUGCCCUCCCUGCACCUCACCCCAGUCUCCGUCUCCCGUCUCUCUUCAGACAUCUUUCCCAGCAGCGUCGUGGUCUCCUCGGGCCCCCCGUCGGCUCCUCAGCUCUCGCUGUCGGAGGUCAGCAUCCCGCCGUCAUUGGGGGUCUGCCCGCUGGGGCCGGUCCCCCUGUCCAAAGACCAGCUCUACCAACAGGCCAUGGAGGAGGCGGCGUGGACUCACAUGCCCCACCCGUCCGACUCUGAGAGAAUCAGGCAGUACCUGAUGAGGAACCCCUGCCCCACCCUGCCUUUCCACAACCAGGUGCCACCGCCUCACUCCGACACUGUAGAGUUCUACCAGAGGCUUUCCACAGAAACCCUCUUCUUCAUCUUUUACUACCUGGAGGGCACUAAGGCCCAGUAUCUGGCAGCCAAAGCCCUGAAGAAGCAGUCCUGGAGGUUCCACACCAAGUACAUGAUGUGGUUUCAGAGGCACGAAGAACCCAAGACCAUCACGGAUGAGUUUGAGCAGGGAACGUACAUUUACUUCGACUAUGAGAAAUGGGGCCAGCGGAAGAAGGAAGGCUUCACGUUUGAGUACCGGUACCUAGAAGACCGAGACCUCCAGUGACCUGCGGCCGGAUGAACGGACAGCUGAGGAAGUGAGGGGGGGGGGCAAACGGAAGAAGACGGCUGCUGACAUUCCUGGCUUCGACCUCGCCUCGUUGGUGGAGGGGGUGAGCGGGUGACCCUUCAACCCUCCCUCGUCACCCUCACCCCGGCAGUGAUUGCUCCUGUCAUCCUUCAUCCUCCUUCCUCUUUCUCCCUCCUCUCCAUAAUCAGGCCUUUUUUUCCCCAUCUUUUCCUGAACUGGAACUUUCUUUAUAUCAAGACUCUGGUUUGGUUUGGCAGAAAAAACACACACACACACCUUAUAAUCAGACUAUCGUGAGCCUUUCCCCCUCGGUGUUCUCUUCGUAUGUUGGCUUUAAAAAUCGUUUAUUUAGCCUCUUAAGAACCAAAGAGAGUUGGUUAAUCACAGUACACACACACACACACUAAGUCUGUGCUGUGUCGGUGCUCCAUGUCUGGACUCGAGUGUAGAAUGUGGCUUUAUUUUGGUAAAUCCAGCGUCAGACGGGAUGUGAACUGACUCGAGGUCAGCCGCAAGAACUCAGCGACCCGUAACCUGUAAGAACCGGUAACGUGGAGGCUCUGCCUGGUUCAUUCUCUGUAUUAUACAAACCAGAAGGCUUUGGACAUACGCUCAGAUUAUUAGGUACGCUUAGGUAAAUACACCGGCAGCAGAGUGCUAUUGAAGAGGCAAAACCUCCUCUAAUGCAUAUCUGGACAUUUUUAUGCGUUAUAUCAUUGUUUUCAGUGGUGGGACAGACGAUAGAGAAUGUGCCGAUAUGAACUUAAUUAUUAGGACUCACUCACUCUGUAACGUCAUUUCACUAAAGCUCCUCGUUACUUCGGGGGUAAAAAAAAUAGCUCGCUGCCGGAAAAGUACAAACGCUACACAAAUAUUAUCGUGAAAUGUAAUUUAAACUGAAAAUACAGAACGAGAAAAGAGCUGAACUUCCAUAAACCUCCACAUCAUUAAACAUUCGUUCCCCCCAAAGCCAUCGGCUACGACUUCAGCUACGGGUCGUUUCCGCUCUAAUCGAACCAAAGGAGCGACCUCUCGCUCUGACACCCCUUGUUUUUCGGUGGUGUUCUCCGGUUCUCCUGGUGCUCCUAGCUCGUUGAGCUCCGUCGCCUCGACACAGAACCGGUAUACCCGACCGGCGUAACACCGACACAUCCGUCUGUUCACCAAGGUGGGAAAAACGAACGCCGCCGCCAGCCGAAUGUGGGUAACCGUCGUUGGUAGGUGGCACCGCAGAGGUGCCACCUACCAACCAGCUAGCCUGGCUCUGUCCAAGGGCCACAGAAUUAUCUUCACUUAUUAACACGUUCCACAUCGUUUAAUCCAGUGUUAAAAGACAAGUUCUUGAGGUUCAAAGGGACUAUUUCUUGUGAAGUUGACCCU